GGUACCAUUGCACAAAAUGAUCCAGGCUAUUACGAUGACACUGGAGCCAUGGUCAAAGCAGCAGUGAAAAUACAAUCUGCUUUUAGAGGAUAUAAAACAAGGAAGGAUUUCUGGAAACAAAGGGAACGCAUGCGUCGGCAGAGCAGCAUCCAUGCCAAACAACAAUACAGGCUCGAUGAGAGAUCGAUCCCGAGCGUCACCUCCAUCGUCGACGAUGGGAGUGUCUCGGCUCUGUCCACAAACGCAGAUCCGAACAUUGGACUCGUUCCACCCCUGCCCACCUUGGACACCACUCAAAAGAAUACUGCCUUGAGAGAGCUAAAAGCCAAGCUGAGCUUUGAAGAAAUAGCCACUACAAACCAAUUACAGACAGAAGCAUCACCGACCAUCGUUCUUCUAGGUGGCAUCAAUCCCCUUGAAGCAAGAAACUACACUUUAGGUGGAAUCAUGUUUGUUUACAAUGUGCGAAAGGACAAAUGGUUUUUCGGGGGAACUAUGCCGGAACCACGGAACUAUCACGCAGCAGUGUAUUUGAACGGCAAAAUAUACGUUACAGGUGGCUACAACCCGCUUCAGGCGGUGCAUGGCCACAUGAUGUCGACCUCGAGCACCCUGCAAUUGACUGUCCGGUCCAAAAGGUGGAGAAAGCGCGCCGAUAUGCACCAGGCACGAUCCUGUCACGGAUUGGUCCUUAUUGGGGAAACCGUGGUGGUUCUGGGUGGCAGAGACGCCACAGGAAAAUUGCUGGCAACAGUGGAACGGUAUUUUCCGAAGCGUGAUCAAUGGGCGCUCAUGAAGUCGAUGCCCGAGCCCAUCAUGGGGAUGGCCUGCACCGUCUUGGACGGCUGCAUCUGGGUUAUUGGGGGAAUCGUCAAUGAUGGCCACCCAACAAGAUAUGCUGUUUCGAAUCGCUGUUACACAUUCGACAUCGAAAAACAAACUUGGUUCCGCCAACUUCAGCUACCAGAAGGUCGCGCCUUCAGCUGCGCAGCCACGCUGAAGCGCGAAGUGUGGCUCUGGUGUGGGGUGAAGGACGCCCUGAAUGAAGACGGAUAUCUGAUGAGCACCAACACCGUCUUCGUCUAUAACCCGGAGCAAGUCAAUUGGGAGCAACAUUCGUCAAUUGGAACUCCGAAGCAUGCUGCGACAUUGGUCAAAAUGGGCAGACGUAUUUUCAUCCUGGGCGGCAUGACGAACGCCUCUGGGUCUAAAGAAGUUCUGAACGAAAACGACUUUUACGACAGAGAAAACGACAGAUACAUGGAGGGAGCGCCACUUCCCUUACCACUGACGGGCGCGGCUGCAGUACCUUUGCCCAUAGACUAUGUCGCAACGAGCGAUCCCAAAUGGCAAUAUGAUAGUUUGAAUGAUGAAGUACUACAUGAAGCUGCGACAAAAAUUCAAGCUGUUUAUCGUGGGUACAGAACACGAAGUUUAAUUUCAGAGAAUAAACUACCCGUUUUCCUUUCACCCGCAGAAAUGAGAGCAAGAUUAGACUCCUACGGACGUCCAGAGCUUAUCAACAAUAAAUGGAAACUCUUCCAACGUGUUCAGAUCGAUGAGUGGCCUCCCAUCCCCAACCCGCAGCAGUCGUCUUCGGACAUGCACAUCAAGCUGGGCACCCAACCCAAGGGGUACACAGUGUCAGCCAGCUCAACUGCCGGCAGGAUGAAAGUGCGCCGCCACGUCGCACUGCCACCGCACGUGGACCCCAACUUGUCGAUGUGUGGACACAUGUGCAACAUUUACAAGAGAGCCAAAAAGAUCAUAGGCUUACGCAAGGUGGAAAACCUUCCUGCUUUUGCUGAAAAUUUGGUCACAGUUACCACUCUGCAAGAUGACUCCGUACCUGUUAUAUUAAUUAUGGGCGGUUUACAACCAAAAGAUCCAGUGAAUUUGAGUAACGGAAAGCUCAUUCUGCGUUAUCACAUCCUGAAAGACACAUGGGAGUAUUUUGGAGCUUUGCCUGAACCGAGAAACUACCACACUGCAGUGUAUUACCACGAUCAUAUUUAUGUAGCAGGUGGCUGCGACCCUGAUCAAAGGAAUGGCGGAGAAAUGGUCUCCACCAACACGGUGUACUGCCUGAACAUUCACUCCAGCGAAUGGGUACAGAAAGCCGACAUGCACUGCUGCAGAUCACAUCACAGCCUCGUCGCCGCAUACAACCGGCUGUUUGCAAUCGGCGGGAGAGACCACAACGGAAGGUUGGUUGCGUCCAUCGAAUCGUACGACAUCGAGAAAGACAAGUGGUCCAUGAUGAGGCCAAUGAGUAGUCCCCGCAUGGGCAUGGCCUGCGUAGUGUAUGAAGAUCAUAUCUGGUGUUUGGGGGGGAUAGGAAUCAGCGAGGAUUCGGACACCGUGUCUUACCCGGUACUGUCGAGUGUGGUGUCUUACGACCUUAUCAACGACAGCUGGAUAUCGCGCCCACCUCUACGAUGUCCCCGUGCUUUCGCGUCAUGUGUGGUUGUUGACAACUGUCUUUGGCUUUGCGGAGGAGCGUCAAGGGAUCGCAUCAGCAACUGUUUGAUCAGCAUGGGUUCAAUCGACAAAUAUUAUCCGAAUGAAGCGGAAUGGAUCAGGAAAACGCUCAUCAAUAAUCCCAGACAUUGCGCAGCCGUUGUUGCAGUUGAGAGCUGCAUCUACAUAUUUGGUGGAGUGAGCAGCCAAGAAUGGAGCGCUGUAUCCAAAAAUGAAAUGAUAGUAAUCAAUGACAUUAGCCUACACAGUACAAUAGAACUACCGAUACCUCUAACAGGAUUGAGUGCAGUGGCAAUACCUCCAGCAUCACCAUCUCUUCGUUCAGUGAGUUUAGCUAUGCUUUUACACAACAAGUUGACAUUUCACUGA